UCCAGAUGAAGAUUCUGACAACAGUGCAAUUUAUGUGCAAGGAUUAAAUGACAGUGUGACCCUAGAUGAUCUGGCAGACUUCUUUAAGCAGUGUGGGGUUGGUAAGAUGAACAAGAGAACUGGACAACCCAUGAUCCACAUCUACCUGGACAAGGAAACAGGAAAGCCCAAAGGUGAUGCCACAGAGUCCUAUGAAGAUCCACCAACUAACUGCAAAGGCUGCCAUGAAAUGAUUUGAUGGUAAAGAUUUUCAGGGAAGCAAACUUAAAGUCUCUCUUGCUCAGAAGAAGCCUCCAAUGAACAGCAUGCGGGGUGGUAUGCCACCUCGUGAGGGCACAGGGGUGACACCACCACUCUGUGGAGGUCCUGGAGGCCCAGGAGGUCCUGGGGGACCCAUGAGUCAUAUAGGAGGCCAUGGAGGAGAUAGAGGAGGUUUUCCUCUGAGGGGCCCCCGGGGCUCUGAGGGAAUGCCUCAGGAGGAGGAAACGUCCAGUACUGAGCUAGAGACUGGCAGUGUCCCAAUCUGGGUUGUGGAAACCAGAACUUCGCCUGGAGAACAGAAUGCAACUAGUGUAAGGCCCCAAAGCCUGAAGGCUUCCUCCCACCACCCUUCCCGCCCCCGGGUGGUGAUCAUGGCAGAGGUGGCCCUGGUGGCAUGCAGGGAGGAAGAGGUGGUCUCAUGGACCGUGGUGGCCCUGAUGGAAUGUUCAGAGGUGGUCGUGGUGGAGACAGAGGUGGCUUCUGUGGUGGCCGGGGUAUGGACCGAGGUGGUUUUGGUGGAGGAAGAUGAGGUGUCCCUGGGGAUCCCCUGGACCUUUGAUGGAACAGAUGGGAGGAAGAAGAGGCAGACAUGGAGGACCUGGAAAGAUGGAUGAGGGCAAGCACCGUCAGGAGCACGGAGACUGGCCCUACUAGAUGCAGAGAUCCCACAGAGCUGCAUUGACUACCAGAUUUAUUCUUAAAACCAGAAAAUGUUUUAAAUUUAUAAUUCCAUAUUUAUAAUGUUGGCCACAACAUUAUGACUAUUUCUUCUCUAUACUUUAGUACUUUUCACCAUUUGUGAAGAAACAUCAAAACAAGUUAAAUGGUAAAAAAAAAAA